AUGCCGACGGCAGUGGAAUUAGCAGUGACCCGCCUCAAUCUUUGUCUGGGUGCUGAACGUCAACUACUCGCGCAAAAUUGUCCAAAGCGUCGUCUUCCUGUGACGAUUGUCACUGGUUUUCUUGGAGCUGGCAAAACGUCGUUGUUGCAGUAUAUUUUACAGUAUAAAUUGAACUUACGCAUCGCUUGUGCCAUAAGUGACUUGGCUGCCAUUAAUAUCGACGCGUUACUAGUGACGAAUGAGUUCAAUGACAAUAGUAAUAAAGUUUUUGCACUGAAAGCUGAUCCGGAUACAAGUGUAGACACAUUUAAAGACGCCGUGUGGCAAAUUCUUAACGAAGAUGAUGAUGAUGCAGCAGCACCUUUGGAUCAUGUGGACUACCUCGUGAUGGAGACUAGCGGUACAAUGGACCCAACGCAAUUGGUGGCAGCAGUGCAAGAAAAGUUUGGCAAGAUGACACGUGCGCGUCUGGAUUCGGUGGUGACAGUGGUGGAUGGAGAUGUUGUGGCUCAAGAUGCAGCUAAAGAAAUUAAACCAUGCGCUGUAGCUGUUCGACAGCUGCAAUGUGCAGAUGUGGUGCUGCUGAACAAGGUGGACUUGCUCGAUGAGAAGAAGCUCAAGAUUGCUCGACAGAUAAUAAAGCAGUAUGCUCCAAAUGCUCGAGUCUACGACACGGUCCAUAGUCAAGUUUACUUGCCACAUGUGCUCGAUAUUGCGCUACCAGAGGAAGCAUUUAGUGGGGGCGUUAGCCACGAAAAGGUGCAAGCGCAAUGGAAGACAGGGAUAUUGGAAAAUGGCGCCGUUAGUCCUGCGCCUAGUCGUCUUCGAGUGAAGCAAGGACAGGUAGCAGAGCCAAAUGCUAGCGCAACGCCUUCACAAUCAUUCGCAUCGGUUGCAUUUGAAAGCACUACACCGACUCCACUCUCUGCUGUGCACGACUGGGUGCAGCAUCAUCUUCCUGAAGGAACAUUGCGUGCUAAGGGAGUCCUGUACAUAGCCGAGUUACCGAUAUACCGCUUCGUAGUGCAGCUCAGCGGUAAGCGGCGACUAGAGGUCGAAAAUGCUGGCGUUUGGAAAUCAUUACCGAAGACACAGUUUGUCGUGAUUGGUCUUAACAGUACCAGCAACAGUGGUGAAGAGCCCUUUGAUGAAGUGAAGGCUUAUAAUAGCCUUGCCACUUGCUUUGCAAAAUCUACGGACCAGUUGACAGUAGAAGACAAAUCAAUUCGUGAUGAAAUUCAAACAAAACUUGAAGCGAACGAGUUCUUUGAAAUGCUGAUCUUUUCUGAGCAAUCUACAAUGGUUGCGUUCCGCUUAAUGUGUCCGACGUCGAGGUUGGACGAGACGAUGCUUCAUCACCACCAUCACGUAGAUACAAACGAGUUGACCAAGCAGCUGGUGCAAGACGUGAAUGCCUCAGGUGGUGGGUCGUUACUGCUCUACGCUUGUAAUUUGAGCCUUACCGACAAUGAGGAAGAACAAGUGUAUGCUGUAGCCUCCAACAUUGGCGCUGCGUCAGUUUUGACCAUGUGGAACGAGCUCAAUUCGUGCGCAGAACAGAUUAUCAAUGAGUGUCACAUGUUGCAUACACACAAUAUCAUGUGUAGUCAGUCACACGACUAA